AUUCUUAUAAAACCCUUUAUUUUUGUUGUGGACAGUGCAGGCAUUAGGGAAUCGGCAUUGCAAUGGAUAAGAUAUUUGGACCAGGCUAUCAAGGCGAUCCUGGCGUCCCACACUCUGGCACGGAGCCUUUUGAAGCCAUUCUCUGGGGAACCCUUUACACCAACAUAUUGGCCAUAUGGGAGCCACACUUCAACCAGGCCACCAGCGCUUUCAAUUGGCAUGACUUGGCAAUGGUGUGUGAAAAUCAUCGAAUGAAGCGUGCACUUAAGAAGAGAGAACCUUAUGUGCCGAAGUGGAAUCAAAUGAUGAAUCGCACACAACGGACAGCUUACUAUUACAAUUGGCCUGUAUACUUUCCUUAAGUAUCAAUCUAAUUAUAUAGUUUGCAGCUGAAGCAUAAGGGUGAUAGAAGACUGUUGUUUUUAAGUGAAGAUGCUAAAUUUCUCAAGAUCCAUUUUUAAGACUUGUAUAUACUCUACUUAUCUAUGAUGUUUGAAUCCACCAUUUUUUUAACUAUCCAAAUGUUGUAGCAAUGUUGGCAGACAUCAAUAAGUUUGAUGACCUGUAGCUAAAUAAUUCGGCAAUAGAUUGCAUAAAUACUAAAAGUAUUCACAAA